AUGAAACGGAAAAGGAUCGAACGAUGUAUUUACUACAUACUAAACAGACUUAAAAUUCAUAUGAGAAUAUGGAUAAAAUUGAAAAAUGUAAUGAAAUAUAUUUUAGGAUUUUUUGUAAUAAAAAGAAAAUUCAAUGUAAGAACGUAUAGGAAAAGAAGGACAUUCCCAUCUAUGACAUUAGUUUUAGAUUUAGAUGAAACAUUAAUAUAUUGUACAAAAAAAAAAAUAUAUGAUUAUCAAAAAGAAGUUGAUGUAUUAAUAAAUGGAAAAUAUAUAUCUUUAUAUGUAUGUAAAAGACCAUAUAUAGAUUUAUUUUUUUCCGUUUUAUAUCCAUACUAUGAAAUAAUAAUAUUUACAACUUCAAUAAAAUCAUAUGCUGACACUGUUUUAAAUAUUAUGGAUGUUGAUCAUUAUAUUGAUAAAAAAUUUUAUAGAGAAGAUUGUUAUGAAAUGAAUGGGAAAGUAUAUAUUAAAAAUUUAGUAAAUAUUAAAAAGGAAAUUUCCAAAAUGAUAUUAAUAGAUGAUUCAAAUGCUUCAGGUUUUAAAUAUCCAGAUAAUUUUUUUCAUAUAAAAAAAUGGCAAGGAGAAAUGAAUGAUACAGAAUUAUUAGAUAUUAUUCCAUUUUUUUUAAACUUACGAAAAGUUGGUGAUAUACGAUCUAUAUGUUCUUUUAAAGCCAAAUCACAAAAAGACAUAGCUAACUUAUUAACCACUGCACCAGCUAAACAUAUAAACUAUUUAAAUGAUAAUUUAUCUCAAUCUUUAUAUCCACAAUCUUUAGCAUUUCAAGCAAUAAAUUAUUUAAAAAUAUUUAUGAGUAAAUUUAGAUAUGCUCGUAAAAAAAAACAAUGGAAUGAAUUAGGUAAAAAAAUUAAUAACAAAAUGAAAUCCUAUCCUUAUUCUUUGUCAAAACUUAAGGGUUCCAGUGAUGAUGAUGAAUACAAAAAGAAGAGAGAGAAAAUGUUGAGAAGAAAGUUGCACUACUAG